UCUCUCCGCCUUCCCGCUAAGCUAGACUGCCUCUGCCCACCGUGUUCUCCACGCUCCGCCUUCUCCGCACCAUGUCGCACCAGACCGAUGCCAACUGCAUCUUCUGCAAGAUCAUUGCGGGCCAGAUCCCGAGCAUGAAGCUCCUCGAGACGACGCACUCGUACGCCUUUCUCGACAUUGGGCCCAUUGCGCCCAAGCACAGCCUCGUGAUCCCCAAGCACCACGCCGCCAAGCUGCACGAGCUGCCAGACGAGUACCUGGCGGACCUGCUGCCGGUGGCCAAAAAGGUCGCGCUCGCCAGCGGCGCCGAGCAGUACAAUGUCCUGCAGAACAACGGCCGCAUGGCCCACCAGCUCGUCGACCACGUCCACUUCCACGUGAUCCCCAAGCCCGACGAGCAGCAGGGCCUCGGCGUCGGCUGGCCCGCGACCCAGCCCGAGAAGGAGGAGCUGCAGAAGAUCUACGACGAGCUCAAGGAGAAGCUGUGAUGCUAGUGUGGAUUUGUUCACGGG